GUUUGUAUUUUACGUGGUCACAAAAUGGCUGAAUGAAAAAAUGGUCCAAACCUUUUAUCAGGUAUAAAAGGCUUGAUUACAUUAUCUCAUUACCAUGCAACCUCUUCAUCACUGCAAGCAUCUGCUGGACCAACUGAACAAACAGAGACAGGAGGGGUUCCUGUGUGACUGCACCGUUGUGAUUGGCCAGUCUCACUUCAGGGCUCACAUGAAUGUACUGGCAGCAUUUAGUGAGUACUUUGGAUGUCAGAGUGGGAAUCCAGAUGUAAAAAGUGUCACGUUUCUGGAUCCAACUCUAGUGAACGCCAGCGGGUUUCAGAAACUGUUGGAUUACAUGUACACAGGAAAUAUUAACAUUGAUGGUGAGGAUGCUAUCGAAAUCAACAGAGCGGCCACCUACCUCAAAAUAGAGGCAGUGGCAGCAAGAUGUAAACUAAAUGCUGAGUCUGGGAUAGCAGAUGUUAAACUGCUGUCUAAAGAAAUCCUGAGUGCUGUCGUGGAGCUGGAGAAGCAGGAUGUUGGCCUUUCCGAACCCAGUUACCCGAGGGAGUUAGCAGUUGUAUUCGUAAGUCAGGACCAAGCCCCUGCAGAGCCUGAGAAUCCAGAGGUAUUUCUACGGGUGGAAGAAAAGGGAGCCAAAAAAGCUAGAAAACCCAGAAACGGACAUGGGACUAAAGCCCAGCAGAGCAGGCACUGCCAACCAAAAGAGAAGCAGACGCAAAAAAACAGUCCCUCCCUGCUGGCUGAAGCUUUCAGUGACUCAAGCAACAAGACAACGGAACUCGCUGUUCAAAUUCUGCAGGGAAACGAGGAACCAGAGUCUUUAUUAAGGAUGGACAGUGAAAGUCUUCCAGACCAAAAUGCAAUGAUUCAAAAAUUGAUGGUAAAGACAGGAAAGUCCCGGAAGCGUUGUACUUUGAAGGAGAACUGUGCCUCGGAUGCGCUGAGCGAAGAUAAUGUUGACAGCUUGGAUAGCAGUGAGGCAGAAGAACUGUCUGAGAAGCAGCUGAAGAUGAAGCCGGUGUGUAACACCUGUGGGAAGGUGUUCUCUGAAGCCAGCAGCUUGCGGAGGCACAUGCGAAUACACAAAGGUGUAAAGCCCUACGUCUGCCAGCUGUGUGAGAAAGCGUUUACACAGUGCAACCAGCUGAAAACACACGUCCGCACUCACACGGGGGAGAAGCCAUACCAGUGUGAUAUGUGUGAUAAAGGCUUUGCUCAGAAAUGUCAGCUGGUUUUCCACAGUCGUAUGCAUCAUGGGGAAGAGAAACCGUACAAAUGUGAUAUCUGUGGUCUACAAUUCGCCACAUCCAGUAACCUGAAAAUACACUCCAGGAAGCACAGUGGAGAGAAGCCAUAUGUUUGUGAGCGGUGCGGGCAGCGCUUUGCUCAGGCCAGCACUCUCACUUACCACGUCCGCCGCCACACAGGAGAAAAGCCCUACAUCUGUGAUACGUGCGGUAAAGCGUUCGCCGUCUCCAGCUCUCUCAUCACACACGCUCGAAAGCACACAGGAGAGAAGCCAUAUGUGUGUCGCACUUGUGGAAAACGUUUUAUUUCUUCAGGAGAGCUUAACAAGCACAGCAGGUCCCACACAGGUGAAAAGCCAUUUGUCUGUGAAUUGUGUGGAAACUCCUACACAGAUGUGAAGAAUCUAAAAAAGCAUAAAGCAAAGGCACAUAGUGUGGAAAGAAUCCUGGACCCUAGUAUGAGCUCUGGAGCCUUAGCAGACUCCGACACAUUGGAGAAAGUGUCUCUGCAGGACACAACCCAGCUAAAGCAUACUGACAUCCCACUCUCCCUCACCCUGCCCAUGACCACAGAAGACCAGCAGAUCCUUCUGUCAGCAACUGACAGCUCCUCCAUUUCCUCAGAGCAGUUGCUGAGGUCAGCAGUGACAGGCUAUUCUGAACCCCAGUUCAUCUUCUUACAGCAACUCUAUUAAACAGACACCAGGCAAGCAGAAACAAUCCACUCAGAAGUUCAUACAGUCUUAACAAGCACAGUAAUAGUUAUGUUAUCUAGUGUAUGUGCCAGAUCAUUUGAAUUUACUGUUGCAGAAGCAAGUCUGCAACUAGUAGAAGAAUAAAAUACACACCUUAAAAUAAAUUAGGGUUUAAGAAUAAAGUUGGUGGUUUUAAAAAAGUAGAAGUAGAAUCCUGAAUUUCUCUUGAAAACCAAUUACACUGAGUGGUAACCUGCAAUUAGUUCACUGGAGAAGUAGAUCACGCAUUUAAAAUGAGUUAUCUGCUUAAUUGAGAGCGACUGUAAAAAAGCCCCCCCCCCCCCCCCCACUACCACACACACACAAAGUGAUCCUUCUUGAUACAUAAUAUACUGUAGUUGUCUAACUAAAUGUAGUGGACUCAAUUUCUAUGUCUUAGCUGUGGUGAACUAUGAACACAUACAGUUUAUCUACAUUCAGCUAUAUGCAAUCUGCAAAACCUCAAUGUCAGAAACUGUAAAGAAUAUUUAGGCUAAUAUUGUAUAGUAUUCUGUGUACAUUCCAUAUGUUCAGGUAUGUGUACAGAGAUGAUGCUCUAUUGAUUAUUGAUGUUAUUGUGGACUUCAGUACUAUAUUUAUUAUGCAGAUUUUAUUACCAGAAGCUGAUCAUGUCACCCUACUGCAAAAAAAUUACAAUGAUCCAAACAUGCACAGUAUGUGUUUAUAUCAUACAGUCAUUUAGCCACUUUAGAACCAUGAUGUGCUAUUUUUUAUAAUGAAUACUCCCACAGUUUAACAAAUAGUAUUGUAUCUUUCCUUCAACCCCUAUCUUCUUGUAAGAAUUCUGCUGAAUUGGUGAAAGCAGUAGAUUACAUAGAUACUCGGUUAGGAAUAAAUACGUCCAUGAAAUACAGCUGGAAUAAAAAGCAUCCCUUCUGCACAUUUAAUAUAUACUGUUACAUAAUAAAAUGUGUAGAAAUUAAUGUGUCUUUUAAUCAAUAUCUACAUAGUUUGCACAGAUGCUAAAUAUAUACUUGUAAAUUAUGAAUGGAUUU